UCUUUCAGCGAUGUGUGGUUCUCCUCCAAUGUUACCCCCAAAAUGCUGGAAAACUUAUUAUCAGAGACAAAAACCAUUUCUUAUGUGGGGUGUUUGGUGCAGUGCUACUUUUUCAUUGCCCUUGUCCACGUGGAGGUCUAUAUCUUGGCAGUGAUGGCCUUUGAUCGCUACAUGGCCAUCUGCAACCUUUUGCUUUAUGGCAGUAAAAUGUCCAGGAUGGUGUGUAUUCGGCUCAUCUCCGUGCCUUAUACCUAUGGAUUCUCUGUCAGUCUAGUGUGCACACUGUGGACUUAUGGCUUGUACUUCUGUGGAAACUUUGAAAUCAACCACUUCUACUGUGCAGAUCCUCCUCUCAUCAAAAUUGCCUGUGGGGGAAAGCACGUCAAAGAAUAUACCAUGAUUGUCAUUGCUGGAAUUAACUUCACUUACUCCCUCUCAGUGGUGCUCGUCUCCUACACCCUCAUUGUAGUAGCUGUGCUGCGCAUGCACUCUGCUGAGGGGCGGAGGAAGGCAUUCUCCACCUGUGGGUCCCACUUGACAGCUGUUUCCAUGUUUUAUGGGACCCUCAUAUUCAUAUAUCUCCGGUGACCCACUGAGGAGUCUGUGGAGCAGGGGAAAAUGGUGGCUGUGUUUUACACCACAGUGAUCCCUAUGCUGAAUCCCAUGAUCUACAGUCUGAGGAAUAAGGAUGUGAAAGAGGCUGUCAACAAAGCAAUCAUCAAGGCAAACUUGGGGCAGUAA